GGCCGGCUGCGCUGCCGCCGCUGCUGGGGCUCUUCCUGCCCGUGCUCUUGAGUGGAGUCGCGAAGGCGAAGGAAGAAACCAAGCCCUACCUACCACUCCCACAACCUUUCCCAGGGAGCCUGCGAGCUGACCAUGGGCCGUUUUCCUUUCCUCACACCAGUGUGUACCAGCCUGCCUUGAUGUCUUCAUCAGCACAGCCUGGAAAACCAUACACAGGAAAUACAAACAUUCCCUGGGUGACCUCUGCUAGGCCAAAGCUCCUUCCACCUCUUGCAUUUAAUCACACGGUUGGACACAUAAUACUUUCAGAACAUAAAAGUGUAAAAUUUAAUUGCUCAAUAAAGGUACCUAAUGUGUACCAGGACAGCACAAUUUCUUGGUGGAAAGAUGGGAAGGAAUUGCUCGGGGCACAUCAUGCAAUUACACAGUUUUAUCCAGAUGAUGAAGUUACAACAAUAAUUGCUUUCUUCAGCAUAGCCAGUGUGCAGCGUUCAGACAAUGGAUCGUAUAUCUGUAAGAUGAACAUAAACAGUGAAGAGAUCAUGUCUGACCCCAUCUACGUUGAAGUUCAAGGACUUCCUCACUUUACUCAGCAGCCUGAGAGCAUGAAUGUUACCAGAAACACAGCCUUCAACCUCACCUGUCAGGCCGUGGGCCCACCUGAGCCAGUCAACAUUUUCUGGGUUCAGAAUAGCAGCCGCGUUAAUGUAUGGCCUGAGAAAUCGCCCUCUGUGUUAACUGUUCCUGGUCUGUCAGAGGCAGCAGUCUUCAGCUGUGAAGCCCACAAUGACAAAGGACUGACGGUGUCCAAGGGUGUGCAGAUCAACAUCAAAGCAAUUCCCUCCCCACCAACUGCUGUCAGCAUCCACAACAGCACUGCACACAGCAUUCUCAUCUCCUGGGUCCCAGGUUUUGAUGGAUACUCCCCAUUCAGGAAUUGCAGCGUGCUGGUCAAGGAAGUUGAUCCGCUGAGUAACGACUCAGUCAUGAUUUUUAACACUUCUGCCUCACCACAUCUGUAUCAGAUUGAACAGCUGCAGGCCCUGGCUAAUUACAGCAUUGGCGUUUCCUGCCUGAAUGAAAUAGGCUGGUCUGCCGUGAGCCCUUGGAUUCUGGCCAGCACGACCGAAGGAGCCCCAUCAGUAGCACCAUUCAACGUCACUGUGUUUCUGAAUGAAUCUAGUGAUAAAGUGGACAUCAGAUGGAUGAAGCCUCCAAUUAAGCAGCAGGAUGGGGAACUGGUGGGCUACAGGAUAUCUCACGUGUGGCAGAGUAUGGUGACUUCCAAAGAACUCUCUGAGGAAGUCAGUCAGAAUGGCAGCCACGCUCGGAUCUCCGUUCAAGUCCACAAUGCCACGUGCACAGUGAGGAUUGCUGCUGUCACAAAAGGGGGAGUCGGACCCUUCAGUGAACCAGUGCAAAUAUUUAUCCCUGCACUUGGUUGGGUAGAUUAUGCCCCCUCGUCAACUCCGGCACCCGGCAACACAGAUCCUGUGCUCAUCAUCCUUGGUUGCAUUUGUGGAUUUGUUUUGAUGGGGUUGGUUUUAUAUAUUUCGAUGGCCAUCAGAAAAAGACUCCAGGAGACAAAGUUUGGGACGGCAUUCACAGAGGAGGAUUCUGAGUUAGUUGUAAAUUAUAUAGCAAAGAAGUCUUUCUGUCGGCGAGCCAUUGAACUCACCUUACAAAACUUGGGAGUCAGCGAGGAACUACAAAAUAAACUAGAAGAUGUUGUGAUUGACAGGAAUCUUCUAAUUCUUGGAAAAAUUCUAGGUGAAGGAGAGUUUGGCUCUGUGAUGGAAGGAAAUCUCAAGCAGCAAGAUGGGACCUCUCAGAAAGUGGCAGUGAAGACCAUGAAAUUGGACAACUUUUCUCAGCGGGAGAUCGAGGAAUUUCUCAGUGAGGCUGCCUGCAUGAAAGACUUCAGCCACCCAAAUGUCAUCUGUCUUCUAGGUGUAUGCAUAGAAAUGAGCUCGCAAGGCAUCCCAAAGCCUAUGGUAAUCUUACCCUUCAUGAAGUAUGGGGACCUGCAUACCUAUUUACUUUAUUCCCGAUUGGACACAGGACCAAAGCAUAUUCCUCUGCAGACGCUAUUGAAGUUCAUGGUGGAUAUUGCCCUGGGGAUGGAGUAUCUGAGCAACAGGAAUUUUCUUCAUCGAGAUUUAGCUGCUCGAAACUGCAUGUUGCGAGAUGACAUGACUGUCUGUGUCGCGGACUUUGGCCUCUCUAAGAAGAUUUACAGUGGCGAUUACUACCGUCAAGGCCGCAUUGCUAAGAUGCCUGUGAAAUGGAUCGCCAUAGAGAGUCUUGCAGAUCGAGUCUACACGAGUAAAAGCGACGUGUGGGCAUUUGGCGUGACGAUGUGGGAAAUAGCUACACGGGGAAUGACUCCCUAUCCAGGGGUCCAGAACCACGAGAUGUAUGACUACCUCCUCCACGGCCACAGGCUGAAGCAGCCCGAGGACUGUCUGGAUGAACUGUAUGAAAUAAUGUACUCUUGCUGGAGAGCUGAUCCCUUGGAUCGACCCACCUUUUCGGUGUUGAGGCUGCAGCUAGAAAAGCUCUUAGAAAGUUUGCCUGACAUCCAGGACCAAGCAGGCGUCAUUUACAUCAACACACAGCUACUGGAGGGCUAUGAGGACCUGGCUGAGGGCUCCACGCUUGCUCCACUGGACUUGCACAUCGACCCUGCCUCGAUCAUUGCUUCGUGCACUCCCGGCGCUGCCAUCAGCGUGGUCACAGCAGAAGUUCAUGAGAACAGACCUCACGAAGGACGAUACGUCCUGAAUGGCAGCAAUGAGGAAUGGGAAGAUCUGGCUCCCACCCCCUCUGGUACAGUCAUGGCUGAAAAGAACAGUGUGUUCCUGGAGGACAAGCCUAUAAGAAACGGGGUCUCCUGGUCCCAUGCUAGCACGCUGCCCUUGGGGAGCCCAUCGCCAGAUGAACUUCUAUUUGCUGAUGACUCCUCAGAAGGCUCAGAAGUCCUAAUGUGAGGAAAACUGGGAGGAGACAUUCCAAAAUCAAGCAAAUUCUUCGCUUUAGGAGACCCCAGCUGUGCUUGAUGUUUUCAAUAUUUUUUUUCCUUACCAAGUAAACUCUAUGGCCUUAAAGCACCAGAUGAAUGUUGCCAAUCAAAGUCAUCAUUAAAAAUACAUAAUAUAUAUUUAUUUAAAGACAAAAAAUAUAUAUGUAUAUAGUGGAAAGAGACGAGGAUGUUAUAUUUUAAUAAAUGGUGACUUCUUUCACUUAUCUUGCAGACCUUAAAUUUUAAGCUUCAUCUGUUCCUUGAUACUAACAUUUGUACAGAGUCAAAGUUGUUUUUUAAAGUUCUUUUCUUUUUCAUGACUAUUAAAUGUAAAAGUAUUUGUAAAAUGAAAUGCCAUAAAUGACUUGGGUUCCAGUUUUCAUGUAUUUGAUAAGAAUGAUUCACUUAGUAUUUAAAGUUGUAUAACUGAUUUUCUGAUAUGACUU